AUGGUCAACUCUGACCCUGGAUACCCACCCGGCGAGCCAGCCCCUGAGAUUCUGGAGGAGCGCAUCUGGAUCGAUGGCUGCUUCGACUUUUUCCACCACGGCCAUGCUGGAGCCAUCGUGCAAGCCCGCCAACUAGGCAGCGAGCUCUACAUCGGCGUCCACUCUGAUGAGUCCAUUCUCGAGAACAAGGGCCCAACAGUCAUGACCCUCCAAGAGCGUCUGGCUGCUGUCGACGCUUGCCGCUGGGUCACAAAAUCCAUCGGCCAGGCCCCCUACGUGACGCAGCUCGACUGGAUCAGCCACUACGGCUGCAAGUACGUCGUCCACGGCGACGACAUCACCUCGGACGCUGACGGCUACGACUGCUACCGCUUCGUCAAGGAGGCUGGCCGCUUCAAGGUCGUCAAGCGCACGCCCAGCAUCUCCACCACCGACCUCGUCGGCCGCAUGCUCCUCUGCACAAAGACGCAUUUUAUCAAAUCCCUGGAGAAUCUCUUGUCCGGCGACGAGGGUCAGGGCCAGGGUGCCGCCUCCCGGGACGAGAUCAAGGCCGAGGCCGAGGCCCUGACGGAGCGGAUGAAGCUGUACGCUACCGACGAGACGGGGAAGAAUCCCGGCGUCGAGGUGUGGUUCUGGGCUGCGUCGGGGGAAGCAAAGGCCGAGGCCACGGUCGAGGAGAGGGGUGUGUUCUCGCGGUUCUUGCCGGGAAAGGGGCCGCAGAUCGGUCAACGCGUCGUCUACGUCGACGGCGGUUUCGAUUUGUUUUCCAGCGGGCACAUUGAGUUCCUCCGCCGGGUUGUCGAGGCCGAGGAGGAGCUGGCACGCGGGGAAGGGUGGUAUUCGGAGCAGGCCGUCAACGAGCGCGUCAGCAAGGGCGGCGAUUAUCCGCCUGCGUACGUCGUGGCGGGUAUUCAUUCCGACGAGGAGAUUAACCACUGGAAGGGCAUCAACUAUCCCAUCAUGAACAUUUACGAGCGCGGUCUCUGCGUGUUGCAGUGCAGGUACGUCAACGCCGUCGUCUUCGGCGCUCCAUUCUCCCCGACAAAGGCCUACCUCACGUCUCUGCCGUGGGGCACGCCGGACGCCGUGUACCACGGCCCGACGGCCUUUAUGCCGCUGACGUACGACCCGUACACGGCGCCCAAGGAGAUGGGCAUCAUGCGGGCGGUGGGCGAGCACGAAUUUGCGAGCGUCAACGCGGGGACGAUUGUGCAGCGCAUCAUGAGGAGCCGCGACAUGUACGAGGAGCGGCAGCGCAAGAAGGGCAUCAAGGCCGAGGGGGAGUCUGCGGCGCGCGGCAGGGAGAUUCUCGGGGAGGAGCAGGCGGCGCGGGAGGCGGGUAGGGCGCGGCAGUGA